CACCACCAGCAGCAACCGUUUCCCCACGAUCCCCCCGCAGCAGCUUUCUGACACGUGUCCGGGACAAGCUCUGCUCUUGGCAUAUUGUGAAAACGCUAUUCCUGGGUCAGAUACUUUCGCUGUUCAUAUGUGGGACUGCGGUUACAAGCCAGUACUUGGCUGACAAGUACCAGGUCAACACUCCAAUGCUGCAGAGUUUUAUCAACUAUUGCCUGCUAUUCCUCGUGUACACAAUGAUUCUGGCCUUCAGAAAAGAUGACGACAACCUCUGGCAGAUCCUGCGAAGGAAAUGGUGGAAGUACAUUUUGCUUGGAUUAGUUGACGUUGAAGCCAAUUACUCCAUCGUCAAAGCCUACCAGUAUACCACCCUAACAAGUGUCCAGCUCCUAGACUGCUUUGGGAUUCCUGUGCUGAUGGCUUUAUCGUGGUUCAUUCUCCGCGCAAGAUACAAACUGAUCCAUUUCAUUGCGGUUGCUGUCUGCCUGUUGGGAGUAGGCACCAUGGUCGGUGCGGACGUGUUAGCUGAGAGGCACAAUGGGGAAGGUACUGACGUGGUGAUUGGCGAUGUCUUAGUCCUCCUUGGUGCUUCCUUAUAUGCCAUUUCGAAUGUGAGUGAGGAAUACAUUGUGAAAAAUCUGAGCAGAGUGGAGUUUCUAGGAAUGGUGGGCUUGUUUGGGACUAUUAUCAGCGGUCUGCAGCUAGCCAUUGUGGAACAUAAAGACAUUGCUUCUAUUCAGUGGAACUGGAAAGUCGUGCUGCUCUUCCUGGCCUUUGCACUGUGCAUGUUCGGACUGUACAGCUUCAUGCCAGUUGUGAUCAAAGUAACCAGCGCUACAUCGGUCAACUUGGGCAUUCUGACUGCUGACCUCUACAGCCUCUUCUUUGGGCUCUUUCUCUUCGACUACAAGUUUUCAGCACUGUAUAUCGUGUCCUUUGCUGUGAUAAUGGUGGGAUUCAUCAUGUAUUGCUCAACGCCGACCCGAAGUGCAGAGGCCGCCUUGACCAGCUUGCCUCUGGGAUCCAGUACUGGGUUUGACAAUCUUGCCUUAAAAAUUGAAGAGAACCACCUGAAUGUGUCCAUCGUCUCACCUUCACAACACAGCAAGGAAGGAAGUCAGACAGAGGAAGCGCUAGACACAAAACUAACCGUCUUGUGAAGCGCACAGCCUCUCAGCUGCCGGAAUUACCUUGGAAAUGUCAGUAAACAAGAGAUAAUGAAUGUUAUGCUGCGCUAGGUUGGAUUAAACUGGAGAGAUGCCUACGGUGGAGUUUGUGGUCAUGCCAAAGUUUAGAAUUUCACCACGAGAUAACAAGGGCCGGAUCCUUAGUCGAACCACCUGUACCAAGUCAUGUUCACUGAAGAUCUGUCCUUGGAGCUGACAGGGAAAUAAAAAGGUAGGGACAACUAAGGGAAUGACUAACAUUGCUCUCUGGGGAGAGAGAGAGAGAGAGAGAGAGAGAGAGAGAGAGAGAGAGAGAGAAAUCAACACUGAAGAAACCAAAUUGCACUCAUGGCUCAUUUUGAGUAAUUUAUCUAAUGUCCAAGGUUUGCACUUUGAAGGACUGUGGAAUAUUUUUGACAAGAACAAGAUUGGCAAAAGGAAAAAGAGAGGGAAGAGAGACUCGAAACAGGUUAGGUGGCCAGUACUGAAAGAGAAGCUGGAAACUGUAAAGGGAGAGAGAGAGAAAGGCAUCUGUGAAGAGCUGUGAAUCCCUCUCUUUACACCACUAGACCAUGAGGGCCAGAAACCAUCUUUAAAUAUUAAGUGAUGAGGACUAGAAACAUUUUUUAAAUAUAUAUAUAUAAAACUGAAUUGGUUAACCAUUUCCUACUCCUACACAGAUAAAAUUCAGAGUUUGUUCAUCAUCUUUGCAAUAAUUUAAUUGAUCCUUAACACUUGGAGACUGGGAAAUUACACUUGGUUGCACUGGCAACUGAUGCUGAUUGAAGCAAUGUGGGAUGAACCCAUCUGGAUUAAAGGAUGCACUGAGCCUG